CGGUCAUGAGCAUUCCUUUCCUCCCCUCACAGUUCUAACCUGUUCUCAAGUCAGAGAUAUAAGCAAAGAAAAGUGAGACUGAGAGCUUUCGGGAAAGCGCUGAGAAGCAAUUUAGAAGGACCGGACCCUUCACAAUCUAAUUAUCUACUUUGGGUGUAAAAGUCUGGAUGGAAAGAGAUGCCUCGCGGUGACUUCAACGUUUAUUUUGCAAGCAGAGGAGGACAGCAUGUCAGGGCCGAAGAGGCAGCUGGCAUAGCUCUGUUGGUUGUAAUUCUCGCAGCCCUUCUCAUCGUCGGAUGCUGGUAUUUCAAGCGGAGAAGCGGGUACAAAAUGAUCAGGAGCCCAAGAUCAGGGUCCCCGCCAGGAUUCAGUGGAGGACAGUUCAGCCAGCGAAGAGCUGCAGCCGAAAACAAGAUGGGCCUCAGUGAGCUCCGACCUGUGCUUCCCAAUGCCCCUCCUGCCUAUGAGAAGAUCUCAUCAGGACCCCUACCUCCUCCCUACUCGCCCUAAUAACAACAGUCCUCUGUGGGAUAACCAAAAAGAUGAAACUUCAUGUGUUAUGUCAUUAAACACAUGAUCAAACUUGUGAAGAACAAAUAUUUUGCACUCUAUUCACUAUCACAAGUUUAUAGAAGUAUUCUUCAAUAAAUAAAUAAAUGUUUUGGGGGGGGGACACUGUAGUUUCAUGUUAAUGUUCUGACCUUUUAGCUCCACAAGCUUUUAUUUCUGAAUGCUGCUCAAAGAACAAGACUUUCUAUCAAUCCCUGUAUAUCUAACAUAACAAUGUUGUACUUUGGAAGUUGUUUGUUCAUUUCAGUGAUAACCUAGCUUCCGCCGAGUCCCCAACAAACCGGAUGUUCUGGUUUUCAGGAGGAAUGGAAAGCGAGCCUGAGACGCAACUUCCGCUUUUGGACGCUUACAAGGCGACGCUCCAUCUUAACUCCUCCUCCACAUUUACUGGAUUGGUUGAACAGUGCAGAAUAGAACCUCCCCGGACUAUUCUUUUUCUUCUCGUCAAGACCAGUAUGUAGGGGUCCUAGUAUCAGGUGUUUAUUUUAUGCCUGCUACAUUACAUUAGUGACAACCAAAUGUGUAGCAGCAAUUGAGAAUUCUUCUGAAGUUAAUGACAACAGCUUACCGGCUUGAUUGUUUGCUUAUAUAUUUCAAAAUAUACUUAUGAGGAUUUGGAAAUGAUACAUUUCAAUAAAGAACUUA